CGCCCUUUCCGGCCGCCGGGCGCGGCUCGCCCAAUGGUGGCGGGGCAGGGGCGGGCUGCCUCAUGCUCACCGGGGCAACGAGCGGGCGGAUGGCGGCGGCGCAGGGAUGAUUCCCCUCCAGAGUUUAUUUCUGCAUGGAAGUGUGCUCCUUCCCGACAGAAGAUGGUGAUCCCAAUGUAUGAUCAUGGAGAAGGGGAUAAGUUCAGUAGAAGUGUUACCUUCCAAGUCAUCUCAGGUUACAGCUGUAAAAGUGGUGGUCAAAGAGCCCGAAGCAAAGCAAACCCAAAGAGGGAAACGAGUGGGAUUUGUGCUUGUCCAUGCAGGUGCAGGUUAUCAUUCCGAAUCCAAAGCUAAGGAGUACAAGCAUGUGUGCAAAAGAGCCUGUCAGAAGGCAAUUGAAAAGCUCCAGGCUGGUGCUCUUGCCACAGAUGCAGUGACUGCAGCACUUAUAGAAUUAGAGGAUUCUCCUUUCACAAAUGCAGGAUUGGGAUCUAACCUAAACCUUCUGGGUGAGAUAGAAUGUGAUGCCAGUAUAAUGGAUGGAAAGUCAUUAAAUUUUGGAGCAGUUGGAGCACUGAGUGGAAUCAAGAAUCCAGUUUCGGUUGCAAAUAGAUUGUUAUGUGAAGGGCAGAAGGGAAAACUCUCUGCUGGCAGAAUUCCACCUUGCUUUUUAGUUGGUGAAGGAGCUUACAGAUGGGCAGUUGAUCACGGGAUACCCGCAUGUCCUCCAGGUAUCAUGGCUACAAGGUUUAGUUUAGCAGCUUUUAAGAGGAACAAGAGGAAGCUGGAGUUGGCCGAAAAGGUGGAAACAGAUCUCAUUCAACUAAAGAAAAGAAGACAAUCAAAUGAAAAGGAGAACGACUCAGGAACGUUGGAUACAGUUGGCGCAGUUGUUGUUGACCAAGAAGGAAAUGUUGCUGCUGCUGUCUCCAGUGGAGGUUUAGCACUGAAGCAUCCUGGAAGAGUUGGUCAGGCAGCUCUUUAUGGUUGUGGCUGCUGGGCUGAAAAUACAGGAGCUCAUACCCCUUACUCCACUGCUGUGAGUACUUCAGGUUGUGGAGAGCACCUUGUCCGAACCAUACUGGCCAGAGAAUGUUCAUGUGCUUUGCAAACAGAAGAUGCCCACCAAGCUCUCCUAGAGACUAUGCAAAACAAGUUUAUUGGUAUUCUAUGGAACUGGCCUAACUUCAGGCAAGUCAGAUCUUUAGUCCACACUCUCAAAAUUUAUUGUGCUGUUUGUGGUAAGAGUACUUAAAAGCAAGCACUAACUGUACAUAUCUUUAUAAAAUUUCAUAUUAGUACAUACACACAAAAAAUGGAAAGCAACUGAUGAAGUAAUUCAUAGAAACUGGCUGAUUAAAAAAACAAAAAAAAUCAAACUUUUUAGUUGAGGUGCCUUCUUUAAGUUGGUUUUCCCUGUUCUUUUUGGUAACAGUGAGCAAAAAUGCAAUUCUUCGUUUGCUGUUUAAUGCAAACAUGUUUUGCCACCAGUUUGCAUAGCAGAUGUUUUCAUUUUAAAUGUUAACUGGCUACUAUGUGAUAUAUACAUUGUAUUCUUUACUGGAAAUGUAAAAAUAUUUCUGUUGGAGAUAAGAACAUAUUAAAUGUUGCUGAAGUUUUUGUUAUACCUGAAGCUAUCAGUUGCAGAGAAAGAGGAGCUGCACAGACAGAUACCAGGCUAACAGUGUGAUGUCUUAUUGCCUUGGGAAAACAGACUUAUCCAAACAAAAGAAGGGAAAGUGAAAAGAAUGAGAGACAGGAUCAAAUUAGUGGUUUUCAUGAUAAGAAAAUUUGAAAAAGCUGCUUUGUAAUUCCUUUUUCAAGUUUCAUAUUUUAAUUAGGGACAGACCUGGCUUGUAUUUUUAGAAACUUAUCGCUGCAAGCUUUGGUUGCCUGACAGCAGGAAUGUGUAGUAUCUGCUCAGUUGUACUUUGGGGCAGUGCUGAUGUGGGGAAAAAGAAUGAUACAGCCAGCUUUGGUCUCUGUGAAGGUGAAGUGCUUGGAUGCUGUGUUUUGAUUAGAAAGCAUAAAAUCUGCUUUGCCCUCCGCUGUCCUGUGAAUGAAAACUGAUGGAGGAAGACUUCAAAAUCCAGAUAUAUCUUACUGUUUACAUGUGACAUAGUACUGAGUUUGUAGCCGGUAGUGUAAUUUUGGGGGAUCUUGGCAAUUCUGAAGAUUCAUAGGCAAACUCAGGAAGUGUGGGUUGGACGAGUGGACAGUGAGGUGGAUUGAGAGCUGGCUGAGUGGCACAUCCCAGAGGGUUGUGAUCAGUGGCACAGAGUCCAGUUGGAGGCCUGUCAGUAGUGGUGUCCCCCAGGAUUCUGUACUGGGCCCAGUACUGUUUAAGUUGUUCUUUAAUGACAUGGGUGAGGGGGUAGAUGCCUCCUCAGCAAGUUCACUGAUGACACAAAGGUGGGAGGAGUGGCUGAUACCCCAGAGGGCUGUGCUGCCCUUCAGAAGGACCUCGCAGGUUGCAGGGAUGGGCAGAGAAGAACUGUCUGAAAUGCAGCAAAGGCAUCCUUUGCAUCCUUUGCAGCAGGGUCCUGCACUUGGGGAGGAAUAACCUCGAGCACCAGGACAGGCUGGGAGUGAUCUGCUGGAAAGCAGCUCUGCAGAGAAAGACUUGGGGAUCCUGGUGGACAACAAGCUGUCCAUGAGCCAGCAGUGUGUCCUCAGGGCCAAGAAAGCCAAUGGUGUCCUUGGGGGGCGUUAGGAAGAGUGUUGCCAGUAGGUUGACAGAGGUGAUCCUGCCCCUCUGCUCAGCCCUAGUGAGGCACAUCUGAAGGGCUGUGUCCAGUUCUGGGCACCUCAGUACAAGAGAGACAGGGAGCUCCUGAAACAGGUCCAGUGGAGGGCAAGGAGGAUGACUGGGGGACUGGAGCAUCUCUCUUAGGAAGAAGGGCUGAGGGAGCUGGGGCUGUUCAGCCUUGAGAAGAGACGACUGAGAGGGGACCUCAUCAAUGUGUAUAAAUAUCUAAAGGGGGUGUGCCAAGAGAAUGGAGCCAGGCUCUGCUCGGUGGUGCCAACCACUGGAACAGGAGGCAGUGGGCAGGAACUGAUGCACAGGAAGUUCCACCUGAACAUGAGGAAGAACUUCUUUACUGUGUGAGUGACAGAUUGCCCAGAGAGAUUGUGGAAUCUUCCCUCGCUGGAGAUACUCCAGAAUCGUCUGGAGGCAAUCCUGUGCCAUGUGCUCUAAGAUAACCUUGCUUGAGCAGGGAGGUGGGACCAGAUGACCCACUAUGGUUCCUUCCAACCUGACCCAUUCAGUGAUUCUGUGAAAGCAAGGUUAUGUCUGGCAAAUACAGUGAAAGGGUUGAAAAUGUGCAUUGUGCUUCAAACAAUAGGCUUAUACUAAACAGGAUUUUUUUCCUGCGAAUUUUCAUAGACAAAGUGCUGGUUGAUAGCUCAGGAUCUGUGGUGUGAUGCAGGAUUUCUUAAUGUUGUGAAACAAUAGGAUCAAGUGGGCUGAUAGACUCCUUGCUGGUUGCAUGGAUUCUUCUCUUGCCUUCCUUAAAGCCCUGUUUUGUGAUCCUGUCAAACUUUCACCAGAAUUAUAAUGGACCAAGGCUGAAAAAAACCUCAGCCUAUAACAAAGCUGAGCUAGAAUGUUUUGAUAGAAAUCAAAAUGUGCCUUACUUGUAUCAGAGGGAUGAACAGCUGAUUUUGGCAGUUGCCACCAGAUUGGUGCUUCCUGUUUACAGAACUCUCGGAGUCUCUGCGGAGCCCUGGGAAUCCUUCCAGCUUGGGAAUGCCUGGCUUAAACAGUGAGUGCUGCUUAAACAGCAGGUGAUGAGCAAACUCAUGUCAGAUGUGCUUCUCUCAUCCUUUCUCAGAGCCAGCUUACUAUGGAUAAUGCACAACUGAUGGUUGAAUUGGAGGUGAGAGAAAUUAAAUUUAGAUAUUUUGUAAAGCAAACGGGCUCCGUAUCUUUAGUCAAAGAGCACAAAAGGCUUGGUUCUCAGUUGAAGAAUGGUGUUCUGUAAACACAAAUACCUUCCAAACAGGAGAACAGAGGAUUUGGUUACUCAUCAUUCCUUUCAAAUGCAGCCAAGUUUGCAGAAUGUAGACUUAGAGUAAAUGUUUGUGUCAUCUCACUGGCGGGAAAUCUGGGCUUUUAACAAUGGCAGUGUUACCAGUUGUGCUUUAAAGCUUCUUAUAAGGAAAUAAUGAGCUGAAAGAAAUAGUUAGAACCUGAUAUUUUUUCUUUCCUUAAUGGAAACAUGCCUCUCUAUUCUUGUAUUUUUAAAUUGUGUUUCAGUUGACAAACAAGCAAAGUCUGCAGAAAGGUAAUAGCAGAAGGAUAACGCUGAAACUUUCUUUUUAGAAAUUUAGUGUCAAAUUCCUCUCUUCUGAGCAGGAGUUUGGAGAGUUAGGAAUCAUAGAAUACGAAUUUCCUGAUUAUUAGUUAUGCUUGUUGGGAGAGAAAAGCCUCAAACUUUAACAGUUACAAGACUGCCAGUGACUGGCAUUUUACAGUGUUAUUGUUACUUUAUAUUUUGGUGCUGCAUCACUCUAAGCCUUGUAGUAUCCUUUGUGGUUUUGUAGCAGAGGAAGCAAGUUAUGGAAGGGCUUUUAUGCUUCUCCAUGACACAGAGGAGAAGAUUUGAGAAGAGAAUGAGGUGAUCCUGAAGUUUCAUAUAACCUAUUUUAUUUCACAAAUUUAUAUUUGAUGGUAGACAGAAUCUACCAUCUGCAUUAUCUGUACAAUCUUCAUUAUCUGUACAAUCAAACCAUCUAGAAACUUAACACAACAUGGUGAUGUUACACAAGAGUUUGUCUAGGUCCUGCCUGUGCUUCUCUGUGUCAGGAGCAUUGGGGUUUUAUUGGUCGGUGGUAUCCUCUAGUAUUUAAUUUAUUUAAUUAUUUAACCCUGUGAAGUUUUAAAGUGCAGGUGCUUUCACUUGCAGCUUCUUUAAAAAUUCUAAAUAGAUGUUUUAACUUACUGUGAAAUAUAAAAACCUCUACUUUCAGACAGCUUGUGCUUAAACAUUUAGCAAAUAAUGGUGCAUGAAAUUAAAAGCAGGCUUCGUUUAGUGCUUCUUAUAUUCCUCUAAUGUUUAUUUCAGUUGUUAUCUUGGAGUCUAGUGGGAUAGAAAGCAGAAGCAGAGUGGCAAACAGCUUCACUUUCAGCACAUUUUGUACACAAAGCCUACAAAGUGUAGGUGAUCUAUAGAUUGUUGUCCUGAUAAAGUCUAAAUUUCCCUCAUGCUGCAGCACAAGGAGGUUUAGAACUGUUUAGCUGUUAAAACUGGGGGAUGCUGAAGCACUUAAUUGGUUACACCACCCCACAGUCAGUGUUGAGACCAAAGUCUUAAGCCUUUGAAAGCUCAUGCAAACAACAGAGCUGGUAAUGGUUUCUCUGCUGUGGAAGAGUAUGAAUGGAAAACAUCUGAUGAGCAGCUGGUUCAUCCUUCAGCUGGGUCAGUGUAAAUAAAACACUUCUCUCACAGCUUGGUGUCGAACCUGUGCUAGAGUGGAUCAGUGCAGUAGCUGCAAAUGGGGAAAAAAGGCACAGGAUCUGAGGGGAACCACUCACAUGGAUCACCUGCUCUGGAGGAAGCAAUGGGAGAGAGGAGUAAUGGAGAAGAGAUGUCAAAG